AUGAAGAUCUCUGUCGGAAUUCUCGCCACCGUGCUGGGCGCCUCCAGUUAUGUCGCCUCGGCACCUACCGAUCAAUCGUCGGCUAGCGAUCUCAUCCUGUCUCUGAACGAUAAGGCGAUGUCUGCAUUGGAGACCGCGGAGACACAACCCAGCAAACGAUCGGGACCUAAGAAAUGCACAAUCUUCAACGCUGCUGUGCGCCGUGAUUGGAAGACACUAUCCAAGAAGGACAAGAAGGCUUACAUUGACGCCGUGCUUUGUCUGCGUCAGAAGCCGUCUAAAGCCGACCCGUCCUUUGCACCUGGGGCUCGAAGCAGAUAUGAUGACUUUGUUGCUGUUCAUAUCAACCAAACAUUGAGCAUCCACGGGACUGGCAACUUUUUCACCUGGCACCGAUAUUUCACUUGGGCCUACGAGAAGGCUCUCCAAGAUGAGUGUGGCUACAAGGGGACACAGCCAUACUGGAAUUGGUUCGAAACCGGUGACUUUGCUACUAACCCCGUCUUUGACGGUUCUGCAACUAGCAUGAGUGGCGAUGGCAAGUAUUUCGAGCAUGAGGGAGCUUGGUCCGGCAAGGGAAACAUCUUCUUGCCAAGUGGUAAAGGCGGAGGUUGUCUCAAAAACGGUCCAUUCAAAGACGCAGUCGCCAAUCUGGGACCCCCGAGUCCCGGCAUGGACGGUAUGGAGGCCACGAAAACGCCUCUCGAAUAUAACCCACGCUGCCUCCGCCGUGAUCUUAGCUCCUAUGCUGUCGAUGAGUGGCUCAACCUACCAAACCUCCUCAACAUUACCAUCGGCAAAGCGUCAGGUUCUAUUCAGGCCAUGCAGGACGAAUUCCAAGGCCGAUUCAACGACAAAUUCUUGGGCAUGCAUGCUGCUGGGCAUUUCACUAUGGGAGGUGACUCGGCAGAUCUGUUUUCAUCUCCUAAUGAUCCUGUGUUCUUCCUCCAUCAUUCUAUGGUUGACCGUAUCUAUUGGGUCUGGCAGGCUUUGCAUCCUAGACAAUCUAAGGAUAUUGCCGGUACCAUUACUAUCCUUAACCAGCCUCCAAGCAGAGACGCCGUCAAGUCUGAUCCCUUGAAUAUGGGAGUUAAUGCACCUUUGAUCAGUAUCGGCGCCGGACUCGAUACCCUUGGUGGUUCACCUUUUUGCUACAUCUAUCUGUAG